AUGUCAUCGAAUUCUGUACAACAAAUUCGUCCAGUAAUUGAAUGUUUUUGUCAGAUUUUAACUUUAUAUGGAUUUUCAUCAGUUACACCAGAAAUCUUUCGUCUUGCCAAAUUUAAUCGUAAUGAAGCGACGAUACCAUUAUGGCGUUUAAUAUUUGAAAUACUUCAUUUUGAUCCAAUAAAACCAAAUCAACAGCAAACAAGUAAAAAAUUUGAUCAAACACCGAAAGAUGAAUUAGUGUAUAUGAUAAAAAAUGAUUUAUUUACACGUGGUUAUACUUAUGAAUAUUUCUUAUCACUUGAUAGUAAAAUGGAAAAAGGUAGUCGACAAUUACUUCUGUGUCUUGGUUGGCUUAUUUAUCAUGCAAAAGUAAUUGAUAAAUGUAUGGAGGCAUGUUUAAAUUCCGAUUCAUUACUGGAUUAUGAUGAUACGAGUUCACUUUAUCAAAUAGAUCAAAUUGAAUGUGUUAAAUAUUCAUCACAAGAAAAAGAUUUAAUAGGACAAGUCAAACAAGCUAUGCAUUUAAAUUCAAAAUUACGUUUCAGUUUACGUCGUCUCUAUGGACUUAUUAUUGAAAAUACUAAUUUACAACAUCAAAUACAUGAAUGUCAUAAUAUGUCAUCACUUGAAGCAUAUCUUUGUCAACAUCCUCAUCUUUUAUCACAUUAUAUGAUUGAAAUGGAAAAUGAACAACAAAAAUUAAAUUUUUUUCUUUUUUGGAAUGAACAUGAGAAUGUUUUUUGGAAAUGGAUGGAAAGUGUACUUGAUCAACCAAUAUUAACCGAUGAAAAUGAAGAAGAUGAUAAUGAAGAUAAAUAUGAACCAUUACGACAAAUUGAUUGUAAACGUUUAGAAGCUGAAAAAGAAAAAUUUCAUUCAGCUAUUGAUACUCUUGAUAAUGCACUUUUACGACUUCAACAAUUAUGGAUAUCAAGUAAUGAUCCCACAUCAAUCGAACAUGAUGUUUCAUCGUUACUUGUUUCAAUUGAUGAUAAAGUUUCAUUACUUUUCAAUCAGUUACUUACGACUAAUCCAUCAAUAUCAACAAAAUCUCAAACGACUCAAUCACUUUUUCUUCAUCAACCAAAUCGUUUAGUUUAUACGAAAAAAAUUGAUUCUAAUGAUAAUAAUCAUUUUAUAAAAUCAAGUGAUUUAGAUCAUGAAACAAAAUCUUUAAAUAAAUUACAAACAAAUAUUAAUCAACAUAUUGAAAAACAACGAACUAUACUUGAUAAACUUUCACAUCAAUUUCAAAAUGUCAUGAUUGUCUGA